ACCUCAAUAAUCCUUCAAUGGCUCAAUAUUCUCGAAAGUCAAUUAAAUAAUAUAUUAUUUAAUAAAUCUAUUUUUGAUUUUCAUACCUUUUUAUCUUGCUGAAUAUAUUCAUAUGUUUCACAACAAUUAAAUUCUUAAAAAUUGUAGCAAUAAUGAAAAUCAAAACUUUUAAUUUGUGUUUUCUUUGUGCAUUGUUUCUUUUAUCCGUUGUGGCAAGAGAGACAUCCAAAGAUGGUUAUGCAAAAGAGUCAAAGAAAAAUGUUUUGGUAGAUAAGCUUGAUGGUGGGCGAAAACCCAUAGAUAUAGAACCUUUUGAUCAAAAUAAGCCAGUUGGUGUGGGAAAUAAAACAAGGGAAGAAAGGAUGAUGGAAAAGGAAGCAAAGGUAAGGGCAGGUGCAAGGGCAAAGGCAAAAGCUUAUGCAAAGGCAAAGGCAAAGGAGAAGGGAAAAGGAAAGGAUAUUGGACAGGGAGAAUGCCAAGGUAUUAUUGCAUGAUUGGGUAAAUGAAUAAUAAUAAUAAGAUUGAUGUUGUAUAUCUUUUAAAAAAAAUAUAUUAGUUUUUCAUACCACAUAUAAUUGUUUAGGUAAACUUUCAUAUGUGAUCAUUUAUUUAUUUUCUAAUAAAAUCCCUCUUUAAUCUGAUUUAGU